AGAGUGGGGGGUGAGACGGUGGAGGGGCAGAGAGUGGAAGGGGAGAAGGUAGAGGGAAAGUUGAUGAAGAAAUUGAUAGGGAAGAGAAAGUCGGUGGAGGGAAAGACGAUGGAGGGGCAGAGAGUGGAAGGGGAGACGGUGGAGGGAAAGACGAUGGAGGGGCAGAGAGUGGAAGGGGAGAAGGUGGAGGGAAAGUUGAUGAAGAAACUGAUAGGGAAGAGAAAGUCGGUGGAGGGAAAGCCGGUGGAGGGGCAGAGAGUGGGACGACAGAAGGCAAAGAGAAAGUGGAUGAAGAGACUGAUGGGGAAGAGAAAGUCGGCAAAGGAGAAGGCGAUGGAGGGGCAGAGAGUGGGAGGAGAGACGGUAGAGGGGCAGAGAGUGGAAGGGGAGACGGUAGAGGGGCAGAGAGUGGAAGGGGAGACGGUAGAGGGAAAGCCGGUGGAGGGGCAGAGAGUGGGACGACAGAAGGCAAAGAGAAAGUGGAUGAAGAGACUGAUCGGGAAGAGAAAGUCGGCAAAGGAGAAGGCGAUGGAGCGGCAGAGAGUGGGAGGAGAGACGGUAGAGGGAAAGACGAUGGAGGGGCAGAGAGUGGAGGGACAGAAGGCAAAGGGAAAGACGGUGAGGAGUCAGAGAGAGGAGGGGGGGAAGGCAGAAGGGGAGACGACGGGCGGAGAGUCGGUCAAGGGGAGGACGAAGGGGGGGGAGAGAAAAACCGGCGACGCCGCGUCCCCGGAGACCAAACCCGAGACGGAGGCGGAAUCCUUGGAGGCGAAGGCCAAGCCCGAGGACCGGUGGCACUCGGCCCAGAGCCUCAACGCCUCGUUGGGCUCCACCCUGUCGCGGGUGGAGUUGAUGGUGGCGAGCGGCAGCGACUGGGUGUGGGCCCGGCGGCUCAUGGCCUCGCUCUUCUGGCUCAGUUGGAUAUCGCUGGUGUCGGGCGCUCUGCUGGUGAUCGUCCGCAGCCCCGAAUGCAACCCCCCGCCCAGGCUCCACUGGUGGUACGACGGGCCCAUGUAUCAGAUCACUCCCCGCUCCUUCCAGGACUCAGACGGCGAUGGAAACGGUGACCUCUCCGGAAUAAAGCACCAAUUGCACCAUAUUAAAAUGUUGCAUAUGAGAGCUAUUAUUAUUGGACCCAUUCAUCAGUACAAACCUGAUGAUAGAAAUAAAACUAACUUGAAGUCGAUUGAUAUGAUCUAUGGUAAUAUACAGAACUUCAGAUAUUUGAUAAAAUCAGCCAACACUCGAGGUCUCAAGGUCCUUAUUGACCUCACCCCAAAUCCUCUAGGAACUAAACUGAACAAAUGGUUUAACACUACGUUUGAUUUUGAAGAGCAAAAUAAAAUAUUGGCAGACUUUCAGUUCUGGCUCAGAACUGGUGUGGAUGGAAUCUUUAUCAGUCUAUCUACAGAUGACAUUGAAACAAGUAUGUUGCUAAGUAGUCUAAAACGAUGGAAGGAUAUAGGCAACGAAUACAGUACAACUCGUAAACCAAGGGUAGUUGUUGUUUGUCUUGAGGGAAGCCAACGUACCACCAUGCUUGAGAAUUUUCCUGGGGAAAUUAUGUUUGUUUACUCCAUAAAUCUUCUAAGAGUCACGAGCAGUGCUUUUACGGCAGUGAUGAAUCAGGCAUUUUCUCACGGAGAAAAUGAACUGAUUGGCCUACUGUUUGGGAAUCCAUACAAAGGACACAUCGUAUCUUUAGUCAGUGAGAAUUUGGGAAAGCUAAUUGCUCUCAUUAUGUUUACAUUGCCUGGAACUCCCAUAAUUUAUUAUGGUGAUGAGAUUGGUCUUGAAGACUAUCAGAAAUCACCAUCUCCCCUAAUGAGGUGGAACAACUCUAAACAUGAUGGAUUCACUGUUGGUUCACCUUGGAUUAAACCGGAUUUGAAGCUUUGCAGAAAUAACACCAUGCAACAAUCCGAUGACCCACUAUCACUGUUAUCAUUUUAUAAGCAACUUGGAUUCUUUAAAAAAGAAUUGGAAUCCCUGAAAUAUGGGUCAUUCAGAAAAGUGUUAAAUGAAACAACCUACUUUGCAUACACAAGACAAUGGAACGCCCACGGAAUUUUAGCUGUACUGAAUUUUGGUGACACGAUUCAUGUAGAUUUCACAGCUAGUGGCUUGCCAUUGACUUCGUUGUUAAUUUUAAGUUCAUCACUUGGACUUCAAUGCCAGAUUGUAAAUAUGAAGAACUUGGCUAUACCAUCACUGGAAGCUUAUAUGCUAAAAUAUUAUGUUUUGGAUUAGUUCAUAGUGAGCUAUUAUCUUGUACUUUACUAUUUAAUAUUUUUUCAUAAUGUACCUGUAUGGAGAAUAUAUAGAUUUUAUAUGUUAAUAGCAAGGUAAUCACUUUUUAUGCAAUGUAUUGUUGCGAUACAAUGAAAACCACAACUGUCAGCUGACACGAUAACUAGGUCUAUUCUGGAUUCAGUUGUAAAGUUAAUUCUAUGUGGAUUUUGGCAUAAAUGAGUAUGAUGACA